AUGAGGCUAUUCAACACCAACGCCUUUGCCGGCCUGGUGACUAUCUCGGCAGCAGCUAUAACGACUUCUGCGUCUAUAGCCUCUGCAACAUGUUCAACUGCCGGCAUAGAAGCUCUUGUAAGGAGACGACUACCGCAGCACGAACAUUCAUUUACUUUCUCCUUAUCUGCAAACAAAGAGUCGGGUUUGGAGAGCUACGCUGUCACUACUACACAUGAUGGCAAAUUCCGAGUAGAGGGUACAUCGCUGAGUUCCAUUUUAUACGGCCUUCAUUCCUACCUCUUCGACGUUGUUCAUGUCGACAUCUGGUGGUACGCCGGCAGCCAGCUCGAAGAUGCACCCCUGGUUCUGCCAAAGCUGUUCUUACCCUUGAAUGGAUCAAGCGUCGUACCUUAUCGUUACGACUUCAACACAGUCACUACCUCUUAUACAGCCGCGUUCUGGACCUGGAAAGAUUGGGAACUACAACUGGAUUGGAUGGCUCUGCGUGGAAUCAAUAUGGCACCAGCUUGGAUUGGGAUUGAGAAGAUCCUCAUCGAGGUCUUUCAAGAGGCCGGUUUCUCAGAUGACGACAUUGCUGACUUUUUCACUGGCCCUGCUUUUCUUGCUUGGAACCACUUUGGAAAUCUACAAGGGUCGUGGUCCAGCAGUCUGCCGUUCGAAUGGGUUGAUGACCAAUUUGCUCUGCAGAAAAAGAUUGUCAAACGCAUGGUUGAGCUAGGUAUAACACCUAUCCUGCCAGCAUUUCCAGGCUUCGUUCCUCGAGCAGCACCUCGCGUGCUGCCUGAUGCUCGGCUACUUCACAGUAUCCAAUGGGCUGGCUUUCCAGAAAUCUUCACUGAAGACACUUUCCUUGACCCUGUCGAUCCUCUUUUUGCACAAAUGCAGCGGAGCUUCAUCACCAAGCAGAAACAGGCAUAUGGGAAUGUUACCAACUUUUACACACUUGACCAGUUCAACGAGAUGAUACCCCCGUCAGGCGAUGUGGCUUACCUCCGGAAUGUGAGCUCAAACACAUGGAAAGCACUCAAGUCGGCAGACCCCAAUGCUAUAUGGGUUUUCCAAGCUUGGCUAUUUGCGCAAAACACAACUUUCUGGACGAACGAGCGUAUUGAAGCCUAUCUCGGCGGCGUCACCGCCGAUAGCGAUAUGCUCAUCUUGGACAUUUGGUCAGAAUCAAUGCCACAGUGGCAGCGCGCGCAAUCGUAUUAUGGCAAACCUUGGAUAUGGUGCGAGUUGCAGAACUACGGGGCCACGAUCAAUUUAUAUGGCCAGAUACAGAACGUGACCAACAGCCCUAUUUUGGCUCUGCAAGAGUCAACAUCUCUUUCUGGAUUUGGCCUCUCCAUGGAGGGUCAACAGAACAACGAGAUCGUUUAUGAUCUUCUCCUCGCUCAGGCCUGGAGCAGUGAGCCUCUCGACACGGAGGCCUAUUUCCACAACUGGGCUUCUGCGCGAUAUUCGAGCGAUCAGCGACCGGGGUUCAUCCAUGAUGCAUGGGAGACUGUUCGUACUACCGUAUACGACAAUACCAAUCUUACUCUGAUGCCAUCAGUGCCAAAGUCCAUCAUUGAGCUUGUCCCAAGGACGAGCAAUAUGGCUGACAUUACUGGAAUUCUGGGUACUAAGCUUCCGUAUGAUCCAGCUGUUAUGGUAAGCGCGUGGAAACAGCUCUAUCAUGCUGGGUUGCAAGACACGUCGCUCUUCAACAACUCGGCAUACCAGUACGAUCUUGUUGAUUGGACGCGUCAGGUACUGGCUAAUGCAUUUAUCCCCAUCUACAAGAACAUUGUCGAUAUCUAUUACAAUUCGAAUCAAACGGCCGGAAGCCGGAUCCAGCGAUUGAAGGCUCAAGGCCAGCAAGUGACCAAACUACUCCUCUCGCUCGACCUUGUUCUCUCCUCGAACAGAAACUUUCGCCUUUCCACUUGGUUGUCGGCAGCGCGUUCUUCUGCUCCCAGUCCAGCAUAUGUGGACUCCUUUGAGUAUGAAGCACGCAAUCAGAUUACUCUAUGGGGGCCUUCAGGCCAACUCAUUGAUUACGCUUCGAAAGCAUGGUCUGGGCUGAUGAAGACAUACCAUCUAAAACGGUGGCAGAUGUUUGUCGAAUAUCUCACUGUGACAGAGCCGGACAAGUACAACCAAACGGAAUUCGAACAGCAACUAUUGAUUUGGGAGCUAUCAUGGGUCAACGACACUGGAUGUCAAUCUGAGGAGCCGCACGAAGAAGUGGAUAUACAGGAGAUUAUCGCCAGAACCGUAGAUCAAUGGAUGGAUUUAUUUACAUAG